AUGUCCCGCGCCCUUCCUUCCCCACCACUCUCUUCCCUUCCUCUCACUCAUAUCACAGCUAUGGCCAAUGACCUCGAUCCACCCACAGAUAGAUCUCCAAAGGAUUGGUUCGAAAGAGCCAGACAUGAAGCUGAUUUGGCCGUUAUAGCCGAACGAAAAGGAAGGAAAGAGGAAAUGUUUUUGGCAUAUACGAGAGCGGCGGCAUGUUAUACACAUGCUAGAUUACAUCCUGAUUAUUCAAAAGUAAAAUCAGAAGAUUCCUCCUGGGCACAACGUAUCAAAGAUUUCAAACCUACAUACGAUGCUUUUGUUUCCAAAGCAAAAGAGAUCAAAGAGAUUUUGAAACAGCGUCCUGUUGAAAGAGGCGAAAGGUCAGUUUUCACAUUGGAACCAAGGAAUACUAAGCUCAUGGAAAGUUCCACAAACGGUUUACACCCACCUCCUCCUCCACAACGUCAACCAUCAGGACCAGAUAUCGCCACUGGGGGGAGUAUAGCUGAUAGGAUGCGAGCUCUUAAUAUGAAAGGUAUGGAUGUGGGAUCAUCAACAAAACGUCUCAGUGUUAGUAAGGACAGAGAACAUACUAUCCCCAGUCCAACGAAACCUGGGGGCUCUGGAGGAAUGUUGGUCACUGGUGGAGCGGGACGUAAUAGAUCAGGUUCUACUUCGGCACAAUCGACCCAGCCUUCUGUUCAGACCGCAACGACUCAACGAAGACCCUCUGUACAUCUCAAACCGAAUCUGUCCCCUCCAAAGCAAAAUACAGGUUCGGAAGAGUCAGUCGGUGUGAGGGAGACCAGAACGGGUUCUUCCACCAGAUCGAAAACGUCGACAGGGCCAGAUAGUAUCAACACUCAUCUUUCCGAGACCAACCAUUCGGAUUCUAAUCAUAUACACACACAACUAUCAUCUUCCCCUCAUCGACUUACUCUACCCACUAUCCCACAAGCACCCGAUCAAGUCGUCGCCCCUUUCGAGUAUGAUGAACGACAACAUACACCACAAACUGAAACCCCAACGAAGAUAGGUCCGGACGGUAUAGAAGAAUUCGAGAAAAACUUUCCCUCACUCAGUAAAUUUGAUCAAGAAUUCGAUGUCAUGGAAUCAACCUCCAUACCUGAAGCUCCAAUCUCCGGUCUACCACUUUCACCCAGCUCACAUAUCCCUACCAUCGAUCUUAUAGGUUCACCAAAUGAUGAAGCUACUUCAACACCUACUUUCCCUGAUGUACCGACUUUCCCUUCUCUUCCAUCCGUACCAUCUCAUCGACCUGGUUUACCUCCUCCCCCUUCUCGACCUGAUAAUCUCAAUUUCGAUUCCAAAGGUCCUCGUCCACCUAGUCCAGCCGCGAGACAUGAUUUUAUACGACCCGCCAGUACACCCAAUGUGUCAGAGAUGGAAGAUAAUCUUAUCCCACCACAUAAUCCCGUCUCCCCAUCAGAAACACGUAAACGAUUACCUUUACCAUUACCCCCUAUUCGUUCUCCCCUGUCGAACGGUGGUCCUAUGGAUGCACCCUCACCUCCAUUAUCAUUCCCCGUGGCCAAGGCAACAUUGGAAAAACCGACAAAACCGAAAUUCCCCUUUGCCAAUUGUAUCGAUCCGGAUACCUUGAGAAGUUAUUUUUUGAACCCUGCUGUGGAUGUGGUUCUUUUGGAUGUUCGUUCGGAGGAAGAAUUCAGAAGAGGUUACGUGGGAAAGGAAUACGAACCACGUGGUGCGAUCGUCAAGGCGGUAUGGAUGGAUCCUACGGUUCUUUUACGUAGCGAUAUGACUUCGAAUAAGUUGGAAGAUUCCCUAUCUUUAUCUCCUGAAGCUCAACGGAAAGCGUUUGAAGAGCGACAUAAAGCCGACCUUGUGGUAGUAUAUGAUUCUAAUUCCGUCUCUUGGCCUCGUAAGGGAUCUCCCCCGACUGCUCUGUCAAGAUUAUGGGAUAUCAUCUACGAACAUGAGUUUGCUAAAAAGCUCGAACGAACUCCUGUCAUGCUCACUGGAGGAUAUCACGCUUGGACAGAGUUUAUCAAGAUGCGUGCUGCGAGACAUAUGAAUGGUGUCAAUGGAAGUAGACAUGGUGUCGCUAAAGGUGUCAAUGGAUCAUCUUCUUCCAGACCGUCGAUUUCCAAUGGUGAUGCGGCGACAAAAAGGGCCAAUAGGGAAAUGCCAGUAUAUCAAUCUUCCCAAUAUGCUAAAAAUAUCAGUGAAUCGUUCGGUUAUGCCAAUAUACCACAAUCCAUGAUAGGUGAAACAUCUUACACCGGUCAUCCAUCUUCUUCCCGUUAUCCCAUCCCUUCUCCCGUUCGUUCCCCUCAUUCAUCAGCAUAUUCCAGUACUCCUAUAGCUCCUCCACCACAAGCAACCCUUCAUCCAGGUCCAGGAGCCAGAAGAAAAUCAGAUUAUGUAGAACAACAUAAUCAACCUUAUUCCGGAUACACACAAUCUCGUAAUUCUUUCGAUUAUCCUCAAACUCAUUCUUUACCACAACCACCUCCACCUGUUCAAACUCAUUCUUUGGAAAGAUACGAUCCUCGUCCUUCCGUCGUUAGAUCAGGAUCCAUAAGAGGAUUAGAUCUAGUCGCUCGUGAAACGGGUGAUGUGAAAUAUUGGGAUGAUGUAUCGUUAGGUCUGACGGGAUUGAAGAAUUUAGGAGCUACAUGUUAUAUGAACUCGACGAUUCAAUGUUUGAGUGCUACGUAUCCUUUCGCUAGGUUAUUUUUGGAUGGAGGUUAUAAGAAAAUGGUAAAUGUUAGUAAUCCAUUAGGAACAAAAGGUGUUUUGGCAAAGGCUUUUGGGGAUUUGUUACAUGCUUUAUGGGAGGAACAAUAUCAUUUUCUGACUCCAAAGACAUUCCGAGCCAGCAUAACAGCAUUCGCUCCACAAUUCACAGCAACAAACGAACAACAUGAUUCUCAAGAAUUCCUUUCGUUCGUCCUUGAUGGUCUACACGAAGAUCUCAAUCGAGUCCUAGUCAAACCUCCACCUGUCGAAAUGACCCCAGAGAGGGAACACGCUCUUGAAACACUUUCACCAGAAGUCGCUUCUGAAAAAGAAUGGCAAAUUUAUCGUAUGCGUGAUGAUAGUUUCAUCGUGGAUUUAUUCCAAGGUCAAUAUAGAAAUAGAUUGGAAUGUUUAACUUGUGGGAAAACAAGUACGACUUAUGAUGCUUUCAUGUAUAUGAGCCUGCAAAUUCCAAGAGGUAAAAAUAAGUUGGUCGUUCAGGAAUUGAUUGAUGAGUUUGUUGAAACGGAGAUUAUUGAUAAAGAUGAUGCUUGGUAUUGCCCUCGAUGUAAAGUCCCUCGAAGAGCAUCGAAAACACUCACCAUAGCUCGUCUUCCCCCCGUCCUCCUCAUUCAACUCAAACGAUUUUCCACCAAAGAUGGUCUCUUUUGGGACAAAUCAGACGCUCAUAUAGUCUUCCCACUUAAGAAUCUAGAUUUGAGUCGUUAUGUUCCACCUAGGAUGUCGACGGGUAGAGAAGAUUUAGGAGAUCCUAGGACUCAGGUUGCACCUUUUAAAUAUGAUUGUUAUGCUGUUAGUAAUCAUAUCGGGACUUUGAGUAGUGGUCAUUACACGGCAUAUGUCAAAAGUUCAAAAGGUUGGAUGUUUUGUGAAGACAGUCGGAUCACCCAUGCACAAGAGAAAGAUAUAGUUGUGAGUGAUUGCUCAUGA